UUCGCAUUUCCCGCUUCCCACGCGCUGCUUCAGCCCUUGAGACUCAGGAUUCGGAGGCUUCAGGCGUCAGGCUUCUCCCCCGUCCGUUGCCCGCCGCCCCACGGCCCAAGGUCGCUUUUCUGCUCCUGGAACCUGCCGCCCGCACCGCACCCGCGCUCCCUUCCCUUCCGCGCCGCGCAGGAAAUGCAGCAGGACCAGCCGAUUGAGAUUGAGACAACUCGUCCGCUUGUUCCCGUUCUUUUUACGGUACCCAUACCCACUGGGACGACUCGAACGAGGUAUCCGUAAGGUACGGGCAGUGGGCACACGCACAGGGUCACCGUCCUCGUGCUCGCCUCUUCUCUCCACCCAACAUCUCCAGUUAGACCCAUUUGGCUCGAGGGUAUCAUCCACCAUUCCCAGGACUCAGAAACUCAGACUCGAGAAGAAUCAACAAAUAGACAGAUCAGGAACAGAAUACUCACGUUGGCACUGAAGAGUCGGCGCCCUCUCUCUCUCUCUCUCUGAUACAUUGUGCGCGGACGUUGAAAGGAUUGGCACAGGCAAAAACUUCCCUUUUUCAUCAACCUCAAUAUCGGAUCCUGCCAGGCUCAAUCUCAACACUACCUUAGCACCUCGGGCUACCCCUGUCAGUCUGUUCCCGCGGCUUUCUCUUGUCCAGGGCAUCACCUCGCUCGCAUCUCUCAUCGCCGUGAUCUUUUCGAGCCGCCCCCAGUGAGUGACUGCUUCUUUGUAUUGUUCAGACCGAGUCUUUACUCUUUUCCAUGGCGCUCUGGGUUUCUAACUUGCGAUAAGGUAGCUGGUUGAAAUAGGAAAAGAAGAGUACAAGCCAUCGAAGACGGCGGCGGCAGUGGCAGCGGCAGCACGAGCGCGAACGCCAGCACCACAUAGCAAUCCAUACCGGAUAACCUAUCCGUCCCUUUGAACAGCGACUUGCAUAUGAGGCAGCGCGCUAAUCACUCGUGGACACCCAACACCACCACCGCAAUCUCGCUCGCACGUCAAGCCAGCACCGCACUGGUGCUGCACCGCGCAUCCCAAUACCAUCCCACCGUGGCCGCCGCGCUGCACCUCUCGACCGAGUCGACUCUUCCCAUCUGAAUCUCUCCCACUUUCGGACCCCCAGACGCACACACGCACACACACGCAGGCCGCAGGCGACAGGCGCAGAAGCAGGGCAAGCAGAGCAGUCAAAAACCAAGCAUAUCCAGCUCCCCCCCCAUUCCCUGUCGCCGCACCCAAGUCCACCACACGUCCACACCCCCUCAUCCUUGCCCCCUUCCCACACCCCCGUCCGUCCCCGUCCCCGUACCUCCCUCUCCCUCGUCGGCCGGGUCCCAGUCGAGUACGAACCAGCAGUACGAAGUACCAGCAGCGCCAAAAAACCAGAACGAGCACCAAAGACGCACCAGCCAGGUCCUGCUCCACGUCGGGGCCUGCCAUCCAUCCAUCCAUCCAUCCAUCUAGUGCCCUGCGCCAGUUCCCAGUUUCCUAGAUCUCGUCUUUUCGACUCUGCGAAACCUCAACCUCUGCUCAAUCGAGGCCGGCGACCCGUUCCAACGUCUCUCACGACUGCGCCCUCCCUCGAUUUCAGCGCACUAUACCGAACAAAGCCUUUUGAAUACACUUCGGCCGCAUAUCCCUCAUCGAGGACUCUCUGCUGUCUUAGAUCCCUUGCUAUCUACUUUAGCCCCCAUUCCCCCAGGCGACCGCAUCCGGAUACCGUCACAUUGCUACGAAAGCUUCGGUGGAGAUUGGCCUAUUCUCACCUCACGCCCGCUCCUAUUCCAAAUCCUUGGACUCGUCUAGACUCUCAAUCCGUUCUGCAACGACUUGUACACGAAGAAUUCUUUCCGAAGCAGCGGUUGGCCUGUUCAGCAACUUGGAAACCGCUUUGAACCGACCUUUAGUCCUGUCGAGAUCGCCCAUCGAACGACUCAGCGACCUCCUCAUCGUCGUCUGCGUCCUCUCGAUUGACGCAACAGGCGCGCAUCGUCUAUCAAUCUCUCUUCCUCGACCUCGGCGCCCAUCAUGCCCGAGCCCGAUAAUGUCGCCGCCCAAGGCGGUGGCAGCAACUCGAGCGAUUUUGUUCGCAAACUCUACAAAAUGUUGGAGGAUCCAGCUUAUGCGAACAUUGUUAGAUGGGGAAACGAGGGUGACACUUUCGUCAUUCUAGAGACUGACAAAUUCACCAAUGACAUCCUCCCAAAGCACUUCAAGCACAGCAACUUCUCAAGCUUCGUCCGACAGCUUAACAAGUAUGACUUCCACAAGCUACGUCGCAACGACGAAAACAACGAAUCGCCUUAUGGGAAGCAGGCGUGGGAGUUCAAGCACUCGGCUUUCCGUGCUGAUAGGAAAGACAAUCUUGACAAUAUCAGACGAAAGGCUCCAGCUCAAAGGAAAACGCAGCAGACGGAGGACCAGUUCACUACUAACCAGUCCAUCAAUCUGCUCCAAGAGACGCUAUUCGCGCAACAACAGCAGGUGCAGGCACUGCAAGAACAAGUUGCUGAGAUGGCGCGGACCAACAAGACGCUUGUCCAUGAAGUCCACACCAUGCACAAGAUCAUCGACGCCCAGCGACAGUCGCAGCACGAGAUGCUCAACUUCAUGUCGCAUGCCGAAGACAGAAUGAGGGGACAACGGUACCCUGGACAAAACCCGCAGAUGAACGGAGGCGCCAUGGACGAUCAGCCCCCCGAGCUUCGACGCGCGAGAGAGCUUCUUUCCAGCGUAACAACCAACAGCGGGUACGAUCGAGAGCUCGAGAGGCUCAAUGGCAUGUAUGCGCAAAGCUCUCCGCCUGAUUCCGCAUCGUCUCUCAUGUUCCAGCCUGGCAAUGCUGGAAUGCCACCUAUGCUUCCCGAGCACAUGAACAUGCGCCACCUCGUCUAUCCUGUAGGUGAGAACGUAGGCAUCGACCCAUUGUCCCAGGAUCACUUCAACAAUAUCCCAUACACGCUGAAUUCUUUGCCAAUGAACGACUUCCAGGCUCCACCCGUCGUUAAGCCGGAACCCGGGCCGGCAACGCCAGCUCCUGCCGCUGCUGCGCCAGCACGGCCGCCGUCGACGAACGAUAAGGGUCUGUGGGGCAACAAGAAACCACGAGUGUACUUGGUCGAGGAUGAUAGGACGUGUUCGAGAAUCGGUUCCAAGUUCCUGACCCAGAUGGAGUGCAUUGUCGAGCUUGCUGAAAAUGGUAUCGACGCCGUCAACAGAUGCAAAGAGGUUCCAUCUGGCCAUUUCGAUCUCAUCUUCAUGGAUAUCGUCAUGCCGCAGAUGGAUGGUGUGUCCGCAACACAGCUGAUUCGCGAGGUUCACCCCGACGUCCCUGUUGUCGCCAUGACCUCGAAUAUUCGCCCCGAAGACAUCAGCCACUACUUCAACUGGAGCUUGAACGAUGUGUUGGCCAAACCAUUUACCAAGGACGGCAUGCUGCGCAUUCUCCGAAAGCACGUGCCGCACCUCCUCAAGAACGCGCCACCAGACGAGCUCGCCGUAGGCCACGGCGCUGCCCAGCUUCAUGCCAAUAACAUGACGGCGCCACCGAUGAACCCCCAAGUCAAGUUCGACUCCACGCCUGGCCAGUCACCAGCGACAACAGCGUCAUGGCAUUCGCCUGCACAGAUGCAUCAGCCAUCACCGAACGUGACAAACAUCGAGACUGGCUACCCGAUGGCAAACACGGCGCAGAUGGUGAUGACGCCAACGUCCGCUCAGCGCCCGACGUUCCAAAAUAUGCCUCCUGGGAUGCAACAAAUGCGUGUGCCGGAUCACAUUGUGGGCGAUGACCGACCGGAGAAGCGCCAAAGGUUAUACGGACCGCAAGGCGGAUACGCCUAGACGGGAUUCGUGGGUGCCACUGAGCAGUCUUUUCCUUCCAUUGUGCACAACGGUGUGAUGACGGGAUAUCCUCGAGCGGGUGCUGAGCAUCGUAUGAAGUUGAAGAGGACGACCGCAAGCCUCCCUUGCGCGUGAAUUCGCAUUGCCAUCCUCGAAUGCUCGGGGAUUGGCCCAUGACAACUGUCUUAUCUCAGACAGAGUAGGACGGUUGCAAAGUAGUCGAUAUUGCAUUCCGACCAUAUACCCCUCAGGAAGAGCGACUGAUGAUGUCCCAAGAAAGGACAUGUCGCGAAUUGGGUAUCGGCAUGGGUUGGACGAAUGGGGCAGAGUCGGCGACAACUAUCCGACCUUGCGAGGAGAGAUUUGGUGAUCGGAGUUGGUGGAGUAUCAUGGUUCGCAUUUCUGAACCCCAGGUGGUUGAAGGCGAAUUUGAAAAGAUAUCUGCUGUCAGCUGCACGGGGCAUACGUUACCCAUCUUCAUAAAUAUACCUCGCUAUUUUGCUCAUACUAGUGAAGAGACCUCUUGAAAGUGAUGUUGAUUAAGCAAGGACGAGUCGAAAAGUUGCGGGACGGCAUGCUUUUGGUGAUAGCAGUAGCACCGCCCCUGGUUGUAUGUCAGCACGGGAUACUCGGACCUGCUGCGGCGAACACGGUGCCCUAUGGAUAGGUAAGAUGCUUGAUGCUUCCGUAAGCCUCCACCGUAUAUAGAGGGUGCUGCUGCCUCUACCAAGACUUAGAUCUCUUGGCCAGAGACGGAGCCCAGACUCAGGCUCACGCCAGAUCUUAAGGGUGCUGGACCCCUCCCGAUCCAUGCGGGUACGGGUACGGGAUAGGCGCGCAGUUGCAGUUUGCAGGCGGGAAGCUUGGGGAUGGUGGUGUCUGUGUGUGGUGUUGCAGUUACGGUACGGUACGGCGGUACACCCCGCAUGGGUUGGGAGAGGGGCAGACGGGAUGGGAUGGUCGAUGGGCGAGGUCUAGGCCCGGCCGUGUGGCGCCCGGGUGGUCUGAUGUGCCGGGGUCCCUGCCAAGGAGGUCCGGAACGGUCUGGAACUUUUCUUUGGGUCUGCGUAUCCUCCGCAACAGAACUGCGUAUUCCCGCGAAUCCACCCGUCCUCGAAGGGCCCAGAUGAGUUUCGUCUGAAGGGUUACCGCGGUUCACUGCUGCGGCUGGCCCACACCGUGACCGUUGGAAUUCUUUGCUCCUCUUUCUUGUGUGAUUUUGGGUGGGCGGGUUUCCGGAGAUUCGGCCGGGGGGUAGUGGUGGUCGUCAUUGGUGGUGAAAGUCGUCGGUUCGUAGGGCUGGUUGGGGUUUUCUGAGCUCCACGGGGGUUGUCGAUCUGUCCACUGUGUUGUUCCAUCAAUUUCGCAUCAUGGCUAUGAAGUUCUGAAGAUGCGACGCGUGGGAGAAAGCGAUCACACGGGUGGAUCUCGAAGCGAGGUUCAGAACAACAUCUGGUGAGAUGAUCCGGGAGAUCGGCGGAUGUUGGGGGCGGCGGGGAAAAGAAUGAUCGAUCAGCGAUCAAUUUCUGGGGGUUUGACGUCGAUAGAAGGUUGAAAAGAGGAAACAGAAGGGGGAAAAGGUAGGUAUGCGAGAGAAAGCGAUGCGUCUGAUGUGGGAAGCCACGAGAGUUUAUGUCUCCUGCAGGUUCUAUCCGUACCAUCCAGCCCAUCGUACCUUGGACGACAAGAUGGGAUGGGAUUGGGAUGGGACGGGACGGGAGGGGGGGCUGGCGCUCGUUGGCUGGCCGGCAGCAUGGGCCAGACU